AUUAGGAUGGGUUCGUGUUAGUGGGAAACAUGAUUAACGCGUCAUAUUGUCCUUUUCCCGUCUGGAAGCAGUCGGGCGCGUGGUACCCGGAUAUAGCAGCCAAUCGUAGUGCAGCGGCGCGUGUCCGGGAGCCAAUAAUAUUAGAGCAGGGCGCGUCCCGCCAAGAAAAUCGGUGGGAAUCCCAAUAACGCCUCGGAGUGUCGUCAUGGCGGAGUUGAACCGGCAGCUUCAGGAAUAUUUGUCCCAGUCUAGAGGCGGCGGCGCCGGGUCCAAGUCAGGCUCCAGUACCGCGGUGGAGCUCGGCGAGCCGGAGCCGGUCCCUGGGACUCGAAGCUGGUUCGGACGGUGGUCCGGCUCGUGGUCCGGAGGCGGCGGCCCCUCGGCGUCGUCGGCUGCAAGCUCAGGCGGCAGCUGGCCGUGGUCGGCCGAGCCGGACCCCUGUCUGCCAGGCGUGAGUCGCCGCCAGCGGCUGGCCAUCGCCGGGAUGUUGGCGGCCAUGUCGGCGCUGUGCUUCGGCCUGUCGGCUCUCUAUGCGCCGCUGCUGCUGCUCUACGCCCGCAAGUUCGCGCUGCUCUGGUCGCUGGGCUCCGCGUUCGCCAUCGCGGCCGCGGCGGUCCUGCGCGGACCCAGCCGGCUGGCCGCCGGCCUGCCCUCCUCGCCCGGGGCCGCCGCGUACCUGUGCGCCCUGGUAGGGACGCUGUACGCCGCGCUGAGCCUGCACAGCACCGCGCUCACGGCGCUCGGGGCCGCCGCGCAGGUGGCCCCCAUCGUCGGCUACGUAGUGUCGCUGCUGCCCGGGGGGAGCGCCGGGAUCCGCUUCGUGGGAAGCGUGGCGGCGUCCGCCAUCAAAAGGAGCGUCACCGGAAAAGGGGCGAUGCCCAUCUGAAGGCCCAUGACGUCACGACGUGUCAAGUGCCUUCCACGUAGACCCAAAGCAAACUUGGCCGCGUGCACAAUCCCUCCCAACAGCGAUUUGCCAUUUUCUAUAGCGCUGUUAUGCGGUGACUCUGAAACUGUCCUACGACGACUCCCUCUAGUGGUGUGCGAAAGAAUCACUGCAUUAAACACAACUCAAAUUUACUAGAGAAACAUUUUCGAAUGAAUCCAGGACAGUACUUUUUUUUUUUUUUAAACGCCUUUAGCGAGAUUCGAACUACCAUUUUUAUUCAACUUAUGUGCAAUACAUUGUUAAUUGAAUCAUUUGUCUUUUUUUUGUUCCUGUAUUGAAGCACAGCGGUAAUGUUCCAACUGUGGAUAAUGUUAGUGGCUUACAAUAAAUAUAUUUUUUAGGGUUA